CCCGACAAGUCUGAAGUAAACUGAACUCGAAUGCCUUUGCUUGUGUUUAGCUUAGCCUAGCUUAGCUUACUUCACUUCGCUGGUCAAAAUAUGUCGCUUUCCGAAUUAGAACGUUCUGGUUGUUUAAAAAUACUUACAUUGAUGUCGAAAGUGGACCUUCUUUCCCUGGUUGACACCGUUACUAACAAAAUGAUUGCUGUGGAGAACGUUACAGAAGCCAGAGAGACGAUCCUUUCAUUCUCUAAAAAUGCAGAGGAGCUGCUGAAAAGGAAGAAAGUUCACAGAGACCUCAUAUUCAAAUACCUGGCAAAAGAAGGGGUGGCAAUGCCCCCCAGUAGUGAAAAGCACCAGUUAGUGAAGAGGACACUGGCGCUCUGGUCAACUGAGAAGGGGGCGGUUAAAGAACAUAUUCCUCAGGCGACAGAUGACAUGGAAGAGAGACCGGUACCAAAGAUGGCAGAAGAGACAGCAGACACGGAGGCUGACUAUGACCGUGAGACGUUGGUCUUAGGGCAACAGUUCUGUAGUUGGUUCUUCCAACUGUUGAAUAGUCAAAACCCAUCACUGGGCCAACAACCUCAAGAUUGGGGACCGCAGCACUUCUGGACGGACACAAAACUCAACCUUGUUGCUAGUGCUGGCAAUGAGCAAAUGGAGGAGUUUGCAGGUGCCGAACUGGUCAGCUGUCGUCUCUUGGCGUUGACCAAGGAUGAGCGUCUCCAUUUCAGCCCCAACCUGGAAGCAAAUGGCCUCAAAGCACUGGCCUCACCCCACGGCCUGGUUCUGGUGGCCGUGGCCGGGACUAUCCACAGAGACACAGCCUGCCUUGGCAUAUUUGAGCAAAUAUUUGGACUCAUUCGCUCACCGAUGGAUAAUAACAGUUGGAAGAUCAAGUUUGUCAACAUGAAGAUUAGAGGACAAGAUGCUAUAGUAGGGACUCAGACGCCAGUACCAGCCCUGAUGUACAACUCCAGUGACUUACUGAUGCUUUCUACUCAGUGAUGUUUAAGACUAUUUCUAAUUUAUUUUAUCAUGUUUUACAUUUUCCUUUGGUUAUCUUUUUUAGGUAAUGGCUAUGUGUGCACGUCAAUAGAUGCAGUUGCACAGGAAUACUGCAUCUUUGUUGCUUGAACCAUAAAAGAACAUUCACUUUUCCACUGCUCUGUUUUUUUCUGUUCGAUUUACUGAGCUUCAUAUUCAUGCUAACUGACAUUUUAAUAUAUAAUAAUCAAAUAA